GCGGCCAUUUUCAAAUCGCCGCGCAGCCGGCGGUGGGGAUGGCGGUGCUGCGGCCUUUCGAUAAACUGCCGGAGCUCAACAGCGCCACCAUACUGCUGGUGGGCGCGGAGGGCGGCCCGCAGCAGCAGCUCGCCGAGGCCAUGCUGUGCGAGAAGAAGGACUUCAACAUCAGCAUCCACCUUGCGUCAUCCCUCCCCUUACCUCCAGAGAGGGAUCACCUUCGGCCCAGGAUAGAUCUGAUUGCAUUUGUUAUUGACAUCAAGAGCAAAUACAGCUUGAAGAAUGUUCAAGCUUCACUAGCUUAUGUGGAUGUCAGAUUCUUCCUGGGAAAAGUGUGCUUCCUUGUCACAGGGGUUGGCAGGGUUAACAACUGCAGCGUAGAGAUGAGUGCCAUCUGGAAACUGGGAGAAGACUACUGCAGUCCUGUGAUAUUCUGUGAGCUGGAGCUGGAAGGGAUACGAGUUGCCACUGCUCAGCGACUUCUCCGGAUGCUACAGAUCUGUGCUGGUCGUGUACCAGGAGUUUCUGCCAUGUACUUCAGCUUGCUGAUGAGGAACUCUGCUGGUGAUUAGCCUCUUGAUAGAAUCAAAUCUGAGAAUAAUGGAAGUUGCCAGCUUCCAGCAAGCCUCUGCAAACUGGGCAGUUUUGGUUCAGAGAGCUGCAGGACUGCAUUCUUCCUUCCAGCAUCUGUAGGGCUGAGGCUCUGCACUCUGCAGCUGACCAGAGAAGAAAACCAACAGGACUAUAGCAGCAUACUGAAAAACACAUGGUGACUCUUGCAAGUUGGAUAUAUGAUGUGUGCAAUUAUUUAACUAAUAGCUUCCUAUCAGCAGUAAUUCAUGCCUUAUUCUUACUGACAGUCAGUAGUGUGUUUUGGAGUUUUAAAUUAAUAAAAUAUAUAAUAUUAA